UCUCCUGCAUGUCCAACCUGGCUCCAAUCUGAAAAAGAAAAAGGUUCCACAUUACCACACCGCAGAUAAAGGAAAAAACCACGCAAGGGGUAUCGCCCCCCUACUUUACACUCUCCACCUUGCUUCAAUUUCCAGGUAGCUAGCUACCCGUAGCUUUUCUUCCCCCCCCCCCUCCACUGAGGACUCCUCCUCCUCCCCCCCCUUUAGUUCAUCUGACACACCGAUAAGGUUUAUAAAGUACCUAACAAGCAAACAUCAUGUCUGGUCGUGGUAAGGGUGGUAAGGUAAAGGGCAAGUCAAAGUCCCGCUCCAGCAGGGCCGGCCUUCAGUUCCCUGUUGGCAGAAUUCACCGCCUUCUGCGUAAGGGCAACUACGCCGAGCGUGUGGGAGCUGGUGCCCCCGUGUACCUGGCUGCCGUCAUGGAAUACCUGGCCGCUGAGGUCCUGGAAUUGGCAGGUAACGCCGCUCGUGACAACAAGAAGACCCGUAUCAUCCCCCGUCACUUGCAGCUUGCCAUCCGUAACGAUGAAGAGCUCAACAAGCUGCUGUCUGGCGUCACCAUUGCCCAGGGUGGUGUUCUGCCUAACAUCCAGGCUGUGCUCCUCCCCAAGAAGACCGAGAAGAAAUAAACAUUUUUCUUGGUUGUCCCAUCU